AUGAAUCAAUUCUCUAAUUACUUAUUUCAAUACUAAACAAAAAAGGUGUUUUCAAUUUACUAACAUUAAUGCAAUAGUAAAUCCCCUUAAAUAAAAAGAUAAUUUGAUUCAAAACAUUAAAGCAAUUCAAAUAAUCAAAAAUAUUUGAGAUAAUUUAAAUGCUAAGAUCUAUUUUUAAAUUAACAAUAAACUAUCUUAAACUCUCCUAAAAACAAAUAAAAUUUAAUUGCUACUAAAACCAAAGGAAAAGGAAAAGAAAAUAAUAAUUAAUAAAAUGCAAAUAUAAUUUAUGAACCUUAAAAAAUUCCUAUUGAAGCAAAAAGUCCUUAAAAUUUUAGAUAAAAUCCAUAUAAUGUUAAAUAGCCUACACCUGAAUUUGAAAAUAGAUAUUAAAAUGAUGAAAGUGAGUAAAUAUUGAGAUUAUCAAAUUCAGAAUUAAAUUUCCGUUUUGUACAUUCAUAAUAAGAAUCGGAAAAAUAAGAAUUAAAAAAUGAAUAAUUAGAAACUAAAAUUAAUAAUAUAUCUUCAGAGUAAUCUGUUAAUAAUUUUUCUAAAAAUGAUGAAAUCUUAGUUUAGAUUGAUUCAGUUAGAAAAUCAAGAAUUACCAAUUAAACAAAAACUAUAGCUAUUUAAGCUUUUGAAAGUUAAGAAUUUGACAAACCAGAGGAUUAAUUAAAUAAAAUAUUUGGAUCUUUGAAAAAAGUUAAGAUCAUUAAAAAAAAGUUUUCUUAAACCUAAGGUACUUAAAGAACUAUGGAAGAUGAUAGUUUUAUAAAUACAGAUACUAAUAAAUAAAUAAAAACAGUUGGUGGAUUAUCUAAUAUAGAUAUUAAAAAUAUGUAAUUAAGAACUGAAUUUACAGAUUUGGUAAUAAGAAUAAUUAUAUUAAUUAUAGGAUUCUUAGAGAAGUAAGAGCACCUAUUAAGAUGAGAAUGAUAGAUAUUUUAGUAGUUUUAGAAAUAAUGUAGUUACUCCCAAAAAAAUGCAAUAAAAUAAAAUGAGUAUUAUAUAAAUCUAAAUUAAGGUUUUCUAAUGUACAAGAAAAAAUAAGAAAGAAAAUAAUGA